AUGGCAUCAACCGAUUCAGACCCCGAAGAUGCCAUUACCAAGGAAGAAAUCGCAGGGACGGCACCUACCCCGGCGGACGCAGCGGGCGCCGGUGUAAGUCAAGGCACGAAGCGCAAUGCAUUCACAGAACUCAUGUCGCCCAAGACUAAGACAGUAAAAGAAGAACCCAAACGCCCUCCAACAAAAUCUUUCAACAGGCGCGACGGCCUCGGCGCCUACACCCACGACCCAACUGCCUUUCCCGCGAGCCAAGUCAUAUACUACAACGACGACUUCGUCGCCAUCAACGACAUGUACCCCAAAUCCACCGUCCACACGCUGCUCCUCCCACGCUCGCCCCGCAGCCGUAUGCAUCCCUUCGACGCCUUCGAAGACGCCUCCUUCCUAGCCUCCGUACAAGCCGAAACGCAGAAACUAAAACGCUUAGUAGCGAAGGAACUACAGCGACGAUACGGACGAUUCAGCGCCUUAGAUCGCGAGCGCGAGGCCGUGCUCGACGGGCAGAAGGAGUGGGAUGGGGACGAGUUACCCAAGGGUCGAGACUGGGAGAGCGAGCUGCUGGUCGGCAUUCACGCGCAUCCGUCUAUGAACGACUUACAUGUGCACGUCUUGGCGCCAGAUAUGAUGUCGGAGUGUAUGCGCCACCGCAAGCACUACAAUAGUUUUAAUACGCCCUUCCUGAUUGAUGUUGCCGACUUCCCAUUGGCGGAAGAUGACUAUAGGAGACACCCCGACAAAGCCGGAUUUCUAAAUACAGACCUGAAGUGUCGGCGCUGCGGGAAGAACUUUGGGGCCAGUUUUAAACAGCUCAAGGAACAUAUUACGGAGGAGUUCGAAGAGUGGAAGAGAAUCUGA